GGUGAUGUGGCUGGGGCAUCGCUGGCCUCACUAUGUCUGCCAUUUUCAAUUUUCAGAGUCUAUUGACUGUAAUCUUGCUGCUUAUAUGUACCUGUGCUUAUAUCCAGUCCUUGGCACCCAGCCUCCUGGACAGAAAUAAAACUGGACUAUUGGGAAUAUUUUGGAAGUGUGCCAGAAUUGGUGAACGAAAGAGUCCUUAUGUUGCAGUAUGCUGUGUAGUGAUGGCCUUCAGCAUCCUUUUCAUACAGUAGCUUGGAAAAAUGCCAGAAUUUAAUUGCCAUCAGACUUCAGUGUGAACAAGGACUUAUCUGCAAAAAAUAAUGGAAAGAAUAGUUAACCCUUUUAUCUCUGAACAUUGAAUGAGAGAAAUUUCCAGAUGGUGUUCUCUAUUUUUAUGUUAUUGGACCAAUGUUCUGUAUAAAUAACUAAGAUACAACCAUUUGAUACACAGAGUUUAAUAGUCUGUAACAAUCAACCUCAGUACUGUUGCUACAAUAUUACAUUUUGUGCAAAUGUCA